AUGCCAGCAGGGGGAGCGGUUCUGCUGGGUCUGCUGGUUCUGGUGGGUCUGCUGGCUGCUGCUCUCAUCGUCAUCUACAGACUCGCGUUUGAUAAAAUACGAACCAAUCAAACCAUCCAAACCCUGAAAGAGGAGAAUGAAGCUCUGAGGAAAAAUAUCUCAGAUAAAAUGUGCCUGAAAUGGGCCAAAGACUGGGACCAAUAUGAAGAAAAGUGUUACUAUUUUAACACCAUGAGAUUCUCCUGGAAUGACAGCAAACGCUCCUGCAUGGUUCUGGGAUCAGACCUGGUGAAGAUCGACAGCAGAGAGGAGCAGAUGUUCCUGGUAGAAAGACUGAGAGGCUUGAUGGAGGACGAUGAGGACAUGUUCUGGAUCGGACUGACGGACCAAAAGGAAGAAGGAAAAUGGCUCUGGGUGGACAGAUCUGCUCUGGAUGAAAGUUUGUCGUUCUGGAGUGAUAAAGAACCUGACAACAGAAGUAAAGAUGGUGCAAGCUCAGCUGACUGUGGGAGGAUGGGGAGGAAAAGAGAACAUGAUGAUCUGCAGUCCUGGUUUGAUAUUUCCUGUUAUUAUCCUCAUAAAUGUAUCUGUGAGAAAACAGCUGGACUGAGUUCAUGUGUCUGAAGAUCAUUCAGUCUGUGAACUGAUCUGAGUUCGGCUUCAAGAAGCUGCAGCGUUGCUGCUUUUAUGAAGAUAUUGUCAUGAAACGUUUGA